AGUUUUAUGUCUCGUCUCCGGUUCUCUCUCAUUUGUGUCAUUGUUACUGAGAAAGAAAAGUGAGGAAACAUAGGAAAAUAAACAAGGAAAGAAAAUGCAGCAGCACCUGAUGCAGAUGCAGCCCAUGGUAGCAGCUUAUUAUCCCAACAAUGUCACUACUGAUCACAUUCAAGAGUAUCUCGACGAGAACAAGUCGUUGAUCUUAAAGAUUGUUGAGAGCCAGAAUUCUGGGAGAUUGAGUGAAUGUGCUGAGAACCAAUCAAGGCUGCAACAAAACCUCAUGUACUUGGCUGCAAUUGCGGAUGCUCAACCACAACCGCCCGCGGUGUACGCUCAGUUUCCUUCCAGUGGUAUUAUGCAGCCAGAAGCCGGACACUAUAUGCCGCACCAACAAGCUCAACCGAUGACGCCGCAAUCGCUUAUGGCCUCACAGGCCUCCAUGUUGUAUGCUCAGCAACCAUUUUUGGCCCUGCAACAACAAUCCAUUCACGGUCAGGUAGGCAUGAGCUCUGCAGGUCGCAGUGGAGGAUUCGUGGCCAGAGGGUUUCCGGAUUUUGUGCGUGUCUCUUCUGUAGAAGGCAUGCACGGUGGUGGCAAGGCAUUGAAAGAUGGGUGCAAGCAGGAUAUCGGGAGUGCCGUCGGGUCACCUGAAGGUCGUGGAGGGAGCUCUGGAGGUCAGUGUGAUGAUGAGAAUUGAGAGUUCGUUAGUGGAGAUAGAAAGAAAGGCGAAAAUCACAUUAUUUUGCUUAUGGAACUUAUUCCUGAUGC